UGGUCCGAGGAUACAAGACGCUUGUGAGUCUUGUCACCUCUUGCGAUAUAGGGAACUAGCUCGGGUUUCUUGGGCCGGAUGGAUUCUUUGCUCAGGAUGAUUAUACAGCUAUAUAGCUACACCCCUUGGACUUCCUCCUCUUUACAUUUGGGAUAUAGAUUUUAUAUUUGUUCACAGUCUUGAUUGAAGAAUUACUAGUUUGGCUUUUUACAUUCCUGGAGAGAAAUAGGAAUCCGUACUUCAUACAUUCUAUCUCAACGUCACUCUUCUAGAGCUUGAAAGGAAACCUCACAAAAGAGUCUCAUUUCUUGUUGUUUUAUACACUCUACACUCUUACAUAUUUACACUCAAGAUGGCUGCUAUCAAUAGAAUGGCCGGUACCUCGGUGGAUCCAGAGCAAGAAGAGAGAAUCUUUUUGGAAGAAGUUGCUGCUGUUAAGAAAUGGUGGGAAGAUGAGAGAUGGAGAUAUACCAAGAGACCAUUUACUGCUGAGCAGAUUGUGGCAAAGAGGGGAAAUCUAAAGAUUGAAUACCCAAGCAAUGCACUUUCGAAAAAGCUUUGGGGUAUCUUGGAGGAGAGAUUCAAGGUAUGCAUUCCUCAUAUUCCUCGUAACAAUUGGCAGAUUGAUACUAAUGCGUUUGAAAACAGAAUAAGGAUGCUUCUUUUACUUAUGGUUGCUUGGAGCCUACCAUGUUAACUCAAAUGGCAAAAUUCCUCGACACAGUUUAUGUCUCUGGAUGGCAAUCAUCAUCUACUGCAUCUUCCUCCGAUGAACCUGGUCCAGAUCUCGCAGAUUACCCAUACGUAAGUUCAAUUCAUUUCCCCUCUUUUCACUCCAACCUACUCACACUCCCAAAGACUACAGUUCCCAACAAGGUAGCCCAUCUCUUCAUGGCGCAACUCUUCCAUGACCGCAAACAACGAGAAGAGCGCGUAAUGACCGCCUCGAAAGCCGACCGUGCCAAGCUUCAAAACGUCGAUUAUCUCCGUCCCAUCAUCGCAGAUGGAGAUACUGGUCAUGGUGGUCUUACUGCCGUUAUGAAAUUGACAAAAUUGUUUGUGGAGAAGGGAGCUGCAGGUAUUCACAUUGAGGAUCAAGCCCCUGGUACUAAGAAAUGUGGACAUAUGGCUGGAAAGGUCCUUGUACCUAUCAGCGAGCACAUUAAUCGAUUGGUUGCUAUUCGUGCUCAGGCUGAUAUUAUGGGUAUGCCAAAAUCUCUCCCUACUUCAUGAGAUAAUGAGGACUAACAACACACUCCAAUAGGCUCCGACCUUAUCUCUAUUGCCCGUACAGAUGCCGAAGCUGCAACCUUAAUAACAACCACCAUCGACCCCCGCGACCAUCCCUAUAUCCUCGGCUCCACAAACCCCAAUCUCGAACCGCUCAACGAUCAAAUGCUAGCUGGUGAGCGAGCCGGCAAAACUGGUGCCCAACUCCAAGCCAUCGAGGAUGAAUGGACAGCACAAGCCGGUCUCAAACUUUAUAACGAUGCCGUCGUCUCCUCCAUAAAAUCCAAUCCUAGCAAUACACAAGCCGAUGAUCUCGUUUCCAAAUUCCUAAAUGAGGUAAAGGGAAAGAGUAAUUCUGAAGCAAGAAAACUCGCAAAAUCAAUCGCUGGUGUAGAGAUUCAUUGGGAUUGGGAUGCUCCUCGUACAAGAGAAGGAUAUUACAGAUUAAAAGGUGGAUGUGGCUGUGCCAUCAACCGCGCCAUCGCUUACGCCCCCUACACUGACGCAGUAUGGAUGGAAUCCAAAUUGCCAGACUACAACCAAGCCGCCGAAUUCGCAGCGGGUGUCCACGCAGUUUACCCAGAACUAAAACUCGCCUACAACCUCUCACCAUCCUUCAACUGGAAAGCAGCCAUGCCACGCUCAGAACAAGAAACCUAUAUUCAACGUCUAUCUAAAUUAGGAUACUGUUGGCAAUUUAUUACAUUAGCGGGUCUUCACACCACGGCACUUAUCUCUCAUCAAUUUGCGGAGAAAUACAGUACGAUGGGUAUGAGAGCCUAUGGAGAAUUGGUUCAAGAACCGGAAAUGGAUUUUGGGGUUGAUGUGGUCAAGCAUCAGAAAUGGUCCGGAGCAAAUUACGCGGAUGAGUUAUUGAAGAUGGUUACUGGAGGUGUGAGUAGUACGAGUGCGAUGGGCAAGGGUGUUACGGAGGAUCAAUUUCAUUAGGGAUGUGUAGGAUGUAAGGGAGAUGCUGGGGAGGGGAGACGGAAAGAAAUGGUAAAGUUUAUAUUGUGAUUUUAGAUUGGGAUUGGUAGUUGGGUUAGGUAUGAGAUACGAGUAGGAUUAUUCGUUUUAGGAAAAUAAGAUAUCUUUCAAUGUUUAUAUAUUUCAUUACUGGCA